GUGUCUUAUCUGGUGCCUUGGAGACUGAUCGGCACCGUUGAGACCCAACGCAGCACGGGGGCGAUCGAUCUAGCCCAACCUGCCCUAAGUUUGCUACCACUUUGGAGCUCUCCCGAGCUCCGUUCUUCCUCAGCCAACAUGGUGCCCAAAACGAUGGUUUCCAACGAGGUCUACCUACUGCCGCUGAACGACGAUGGUUCGCCCCAGGUGGCGGGCGAGUACAUCUACCUCGCGCCGAAACACAACGAUCCUAUAACCGUACGCUUCGCUAUCGAGGGCACGUCGAGCAUCUGCCGCCAUGGCAGCCUGUGGGUCAACAUACCGGAGCAGGGCGCUGAGUUUCGCCGCGACAGGUUUCGCGAGUUCAAGCUCGUGCCUGAUUUCAACCGCACGAUUGAGAUCUCCGUUCCCAUCUACGAGGCUGGUGCCUACGCGUUCUACACCACCUACGCCGAGCUGCCGGACCUCUCGAGCCAGUUGAGCGAGAACGGCCAUGAUGCAAAGGUCCAGACCAAGAAAACACCAUGGUACUACAUAGACGUCGCCCCGCGCCUGACACUGGACGGGCAGCCCCUGCCGCUCCCUGCGCUGUCCGUCUUCUCCGUCAUCAGCAAGUUCAUGGGCAAAUACCCGCAGGACUGGGAACGGCACCUCAGGGGCAUCAGCGACCGCGGCUACAACAUGGUGCACUUCACGCCGCUCCAGGUCCGGGGCGCGUCGAAUUCGCCGUACAGCCUGUACGAUCAGCUCGGCUGGGACCCUGCGUGCUUCCCCGAGGGCGAGAAGGACGUCCAGAAGAUGGUGGAGAGCCUAGAGAAGAACCACUCGCUGCUCAGUCUGACGGAUAUUGUCCUCAACCACACUGCCAACAACAGCCAGUGGCUGCAGGAACACCCCGAGGCCGGCUACAACUUGACGACGGCCCCGUGGCUGGAGUCUGCCUAUCUCCUGGACACUAAGCUGCUUGAACUGGGCUCCAAGCUGGAGCAGCUUGGGCUGCCCACCGAGCUCGAGUCAGUCGAUGAUCUCAUCAGGAUCAUGGACGCGAUCAAGAAGGACGUCAUCGCAGAGAUCCGCCUCUGGGAGUAUUAUGUCACUGACGUCGACCGCGAUGCCGAUGCGGCCGUUGAGUCGUGGGUCAUCGGAAAAGCCUCGUUCCCCGAAGGCUCCAUUGGCGACGGCGACAUUGAUGCUCUUCACUCUGCCACGCCCGAGGCGCACGCGCAGUGGUUGGUGAAACACGGCCUCCGGGGAAUGGAUCGUCUUGGAGAGCGCUUCAGGAGGAGAGUCGACCCCAGCGUUGCUGCCGGCCUCUUGUCGGCUGUCUUCGGAAAAUACGAGGGCGACAAGGCCGAAAGUGCUGACCAGGCAGCGGUUCGAGCCACCAUCCUGAAUGUGCUCGAGAUCGUCAACGUGCCAUUCUACGAGGAAUACGACGCGGAAGUGGCUGAGAUCCUCCAGCAGCUCUUCAACCGCAUCAAGUACGUCCGUCUGGAUGCCCACGGGCCGAAGCUGGGACCCAUCAACCAGGAAAACCCCCUGAUCGAGACGUAUUUCACCCGUCUUCCGCGCAAUGAGGUCACGGCCAGGCAUAAAAAGGAAGACCUGGUCCUGGUGAACAAUGGAUGGGUCUGGGGCGGGAAUGCGCUUGUCGACAAUGCCGGUCCGCAAUCGAGAGUUUAUCUGCGUCGUGAAGUCAUAGUCUGGGGCGACUGCACCAAGCUACGCUACGGAGACAGUCCUAAGGACAGCCCGUGGCUCUGGGACCACAUGACCAAGUAUGCCCGCAUGCUUGCCAAGUACUUUGCCGGCUUCCGCAUCGACAACUGCCACUCGACGCCCAUCCACGUCGCCGAGCACAUCCUCGACGAGGCCCGCCGUGUCCGCCCCAACCUCUACGUGGUUGCCGAGCUUUUCACUGGCUCCGAAGAUAUGGACUACGUGUUCGUGAAGCGGCUCGGCCUCAGCUCGCUGAUCCGCGAGGCCAUGCAGGCUUGGAGCACCGGCGAGCUAAGCCGUCUAGUCCAUCGCCACGGCGGCCGCCCCAUCGGCAGCUUCGAGGUGGACGAGAUCUCAAGCACCGAAGUGCGGAAUCCGGUGGCGAGAGAAAACGGAGACGAUGGCGAAAACGGGCACGUGUACACCCGCGAGAUCGUCCGCCGGAUCAAGCCUGUCCCUGUCCAGGCGCUCUUCAUGGACUGCACCCACGACAAUGAAGUGCCGGCCCAGAAGAGAGACGCGCGCGAUACCCUGCCCAACGCAGCGCUCGUCAGUAUGUGUGCGAGCGCAACCGGGAGCGUGAUGGGAUACGAUGAGAUCUACCCAAGGCUGGUCGAUCUGGUCGGUGAAACCCGGCUCUACACAUCCGAGGCGUCCAAGUUCCCGGUCAGGGUCGGCGAAGGGAAAGGCGGCAUUGCUGGCGUCAAGAAGCUGCUCAACCAGAUCCACACGCUGAUGGGCAUGGACGGUUACGACGAGACGCAUGUCCAUCACGAGGACCAGUACGUCACGGUCCAUCGGGUGCACCCCGGCUCGCGCAAGGGAUACUUCCUGAUUGCGCACACCGCGUUCCCCGGAUAUGGCAACGGAAACGGCGCCUUCAACCCUGUGCGCCUCACGGGCACCAAGGCUAAGCAUCUUGGCAGCUGGAUGCUCGAGGUCGACUCGAGCAAGGAGGCUGUCGAGGAGACGUUGAGCGACAGGAGACACCUGCGCGGCCUGCCCAGCCGUCUCAUUGCCGUUCCCGGCAUUCGGAUGGAGGUCAAGGGCGACGACACCAUCAUCACUGUCCGCGACAGGUUCCCGCCCGGCAGCAUCGCUCUGUUCGAGACCUGGAUCCCGGCCGCGGAGCACUCGAGCGGGCUGGACACCUUUGUCACGUCCGGCGCCAAGGCCGCCAUGGAAGAGCUCGACUUGAUCGACCUGAACUUCCUACUGUACAAGUGCGAGCCCGAGGAACGUGAUUCCAGCGGCGGACAGGACGGCGUCUACGACAUCCCAGGCCACGGGAAGCUCGUCUAUGCCGGCUUGCAAGGAUGGUGGAGCGUGCUCAAAGACAUCAUCAGGGACAACAACCUCGCGCACCCUCUCUGCCAGAACCUGCGCGACGGCCAGUGGGCUCUCGACUACAUCGUGGGCAGGCUAGAGCGUGCCUCCCAGCAACCCCUCUACAGCCGGCUCGCGAAGCCUGCAGCCUGGAUGAGGGGCCGGUUCGAUGCAAUCCGCAGCAUCCCCAGCUUCUUGCUCCCUCGGUACUUUGGCCUGGUGCUUCGGACUGCCUACAUGGCCGCCAGCGAGAGGGCCAUUUCUCUCAUGAACAACAACAUCCGCAACGGACAAUGGUUCUUGCAGAGCCUGGCCAUGGUUAGCGUCCAACAGACAGGGCUGGUCAAGUCUGCCUCCCUCUACCCUGACCGCCUGGUCCCGUCACUCGCCGCCGGCCUGCCUCACUUCGCCGUCGAGUGGGCGCGCUGCUGGGGUCGCGAUGUCUUCAUUUCUCUUCGCGGUCUGUACCUCGGCACGGGCCGCUUCGACGAAGCAAAGGAGCACAUCCACGCCUUCGCCAGCGUCCUCAAGCACGGCAUGAUCCCGAACCUGCUCGGGAGCGGCAACACCCCGCGGUACAAUGCCAGAGACUCGGUCUGGUUCUUCCUACAGUGCGUUCAGGAUUACACCCGGAUGGCGCCCGACGGGCUGUCCCUCCUAGACGAGAAAGUGAAGAGACGGUUCCUGCCGUACGACGACACCUGGUUCCCCACGGACGACCCCCGGGCGUACAGCAAGGAGAGCAGCAUCCGGGAAAUCAUGCUGGAGAUCUUCCAGCGCCAUGCCGAGGGGAUGAAGUUCCGGGAGGCGAACGCCGGCCCUGAACUCGACAUGCAGAUGCGCGACGAGGGCUUCAACCAGGAGAUCAAGGUCGACUGGAGCAACGGCUUUGUCUUCGGUGGGAACCAGCACAACUGCGGGACCUGGAUGGACAAGAUGGGCGAGAGCGAGCGUGCCGGUUCGAAGGGUGUUCCUGGCACCCCUCGCGACGGUGCCGCCGUCGAGAUCACCGGUCUGCUGUACAGCGCCCUCAACUGGGUGGCGACCCUGGCCGAGCAGGGCCAGUUCGGACCCGCAGUCGUCCGCAAGGCCGACGGCUCGGAAAUCAGCUUCCGAGCCUGGGCCAGCCUCAUCAAAGAUAACUUUGAGCGCUGCUACUUCGUUCCCCUCUCCCCUGCCGACGACUCGCAAUACGACGUGAACCCGGCUGUGGUCAACCGCCGGGGCAUCUACAAAGACCUGUACCGCUCGGGCAAAGAAUACGAGGACUACCAACUGCGGCCCAACUUCCCCAUCGCCAUGACGGUCGCGCCGGAGCUCUUUGACCCGCCGCAUGCAAUGCACGCGCUGUGCGUCGCCGACACGGCCCUACGCGGGCCCACGGGCAUGGCCACGCUCGACCCGAGCGACCUGAAUUAUAGGCCGUACUACCGCAACAGCGAGGACAGCGAGGACUUUGCGACCAGCAAAGGGCGCAACUACCACCAGGGCCCCGAAUGGCUGUGGCCUACGGGGUUCUUCCUGCGCGCGCUGCUCAAGUUUGAUCUGAAGCGGAGAAAGCCUGAUGAUGCUCAGGGCCGCACCGAAGCGUUCCAGCAGGUCACUAGAAGGUUGAUCAAGUGCAAGGAGAUGAUUGAGCGCAGUCCCUGGGCAGGUCUGACUGAGCUAACGCAGAAGGAUGGGGAGGAGUGUCCUGAUUCCUCGCCCUCACAAGCUUGGUCUGCGGGCUGUCUAAUCGAUCUGUACAUGGAUGCGGCGGAGGAGCAGGCUAAGCUGGAGGCGCGGAAUUUGCCUUUAAGGUAGAGAUGAGGAGACGCACACGGGCUGCACGGGCUGUGAGUGUUAUGGCGAUGAAGUGGGGGUGAAUAAAUUGCAGGCGUUCAGGCGUUUCCUGGGAAGAGAAAGAAAGAGAUUGUUUGUUUGCGUUGCAAGCAGGCUUGGGCAUGAUUAACUAAUACUAGUAUGGUUUCAAGAGCAUACAUAAAAACAUGACCUCUAGAACAUUACAUUACCUACCGUGUAUUGGCACAACGUUACCUACCUACCUACGGUUACCUAAGGCAUG